GCAUGAAGAAGAGGAGUAGCCCAGGGUGUCUAGCUGUUGGUGGUCUGGACAUGUCAGAGAACUGUCAGUAAUGCUAACUUGGCAGCAGUAGUUAGUGAGUUAUCAAACAGUGUCUGGACGCUUAAAGGAGGGAUUUUAGAGCACGGAACCUCACCUGGUGGCCUGUAGAGAGGGCUGGCAAACCGUUAAAACGUUAGGAACCCCGAACCUUUGAUAUCUGACAACCACUGGUUAGCUAGCAUUAGCUGGCUAGCUGGGGAGCUCCCGAAAAGUAACGACAGGGCUUAUUUCAUACAGUCAUGUCUGCGGCCGGAGACUUCGGAAACCCCUUAAGAAAGUUUAAAUUGGUCUUUCUCGGGGAGCAGAGUGUGGGAAAGACUUCGCUGAUCACCAGGUUCAUGUAUGACAGCUUCGACAACACUUACCAAGCCACAAUAGGAAUAGAUUUCCUAUCAAAAACCAUGUACCUUGAAGACCGAACAAUCAGGUUGCAGUUGUGGGACACGGCAGGGCAAGAGCGGUUUCGUAGCCUCAUCCCAAGUUACAUCAGAGACUCUGCUGCUGCUGUUGUAGUGUACGACAUUACAAAUGUCAACUCCUUCCAGCAAACCACAAAAUGGAUUGAUGAUGUGAGAACGGAGAGAGGAAGUGAUGUCAUUAUCAUGUUGGUGGGAAACAAGACAGACCUUGCAGACAAAAGGCAAGUAUCUAUUGAAGAGGGUGAGCGGAAAGCCAAAGAACUAAAUGUAAUGUUUAUUGAGACUAGUGCGAAAGCGGGCUACAAUGUAAAGCAGCUUUUCCGUCGUGUGGCAGCCGCCCUUCCUGGCAUGGACACCACACAGGACAAGAGUAGAGAGGACAUGAUUGACAUUAAGCUGGAGAAGCCACCAGAGCUACCUGCCAGCGAAGGAGGCUGCUCUUGCUAAUGCCAGCUUAUGGCUAAAUAUUUCUCUUACUGGCUUUUUCUCAAACCCAGUUUGUUUGUUUUUUCUGUAUCUGCACCCUUCACUGCACUCGCCGCUGUUUCCCAACCUGAAAGAGAACACUACAGUCGUUAUCCUUGCCAUUGCGGAAAGCUGCUCUCUCAUCAGGAUGCUCUGAAAGUCAUAAAUCACUUAAAUUGAAUAUUUGCACUGUAACACACAUACGCUGAAACACCGCUGUUUUCUGUCAUUUCAAACCGACAAAACAUGGUGGCAGAAGAGAAAUGAGUGUCAUUGCUAUAGUUUGUCUCUAAAGAUGACUUUUUGAAUCAAACCGAAAGAAAGAAAAGGUGUGUUUAAGACAUGAAGUCGAAGUAUGUGUGUAAGAGUGAGAAUAUUCUCUAAAAGUUAAAUAUUGCUUCAAGCUUAAUAAGCACAACGUGGGUGUUGUAUGCAUUUGUCAGUUAACAUAAUUUGUGACGUGGCAAUUGAUUGAUCACCAAGGAUUCAUUCUUUAUCAACAAACUGCUCUUUAUUUUUUUAACUGUCAGUCUAAUUUGUGGAAAUGGUUGCAAAGUUGUGUUGAAGCACACCAACUAGGACAUCACAGAUUUGACACGUACACUGUACACCCAAGAGUGGUAGCCAUGAGCUAAGUGGUGCCUGUACCAGCAGUCCCAACAUGUACCAGCAUGAUAUGGCAAGUCAAUACAUCGUCACACAUCACCGCAUGGUCUCACACCAGCACAAACACAUGACACAUACUACAAGAGCAACACUAUCGCCGCACCAUCCACAUUACCGUCCUCCCCACACUUGUCCCUUGAGAUGGGUUAUUUUUACCUUGGUUCCAUUUUCUAUUUCCUUUUUAUUUGAAUAGAUCUUUAAUUAUUUUUUUUCUAAAGGCUACAACUAUCAUAGAUUAAAACUAUUUCUUUGAACAUAGUGUUUGAGGAGUAUUUUCUCAUAUAUUGAGUCAUAAUCAUAAAACCGACUGUAAACAUUAGACAUGGAGAUAUACAGUAUGCCUUUUGGAGUUUAAUUGUAGAGGGCUUCCUUUGCUUUGGGAUUAUCUAGUUAAGUUUGGUAUGAUGUUUUAUGAACACAUUAAAGACUUUGUUUCUCUUGCUUGUUUUUAUUUUUUUUGGCAUUGAUCUUUUGUUAGUGAUUAUUCUACAUGUGUAUUUAAUCUACAAUGACUUGUAAUAUUUAUUUCUUUUGGAUUCAUGUCUCUUUUUUAUGGCUGUUAAUAUCUUCACUUUUGCAAUGAGUCCUGAAUCGCUAAUAAAAAUAUGCAUCCAUCUGGACCACCUUUAACUGAAUCAGCAGAGAGCCUCUGCUGCUCCCUCUACCACCUCUAAAUGGCAAUUCGAUCAUAUUGAUAAUACAGUGCAAUUUUCUGUGUGAACUUAUGGAGAGUCUGAUUUGUAUAGCAUAGUACUCCUUAACGUUUCUGUCUGGAAUGGUUUUAAAUGAAAGAAUAAAAAUACACUUGUCACCUCUGA